AUGGUAGGUGAUGGUCUUUUUACAAUGGGAGAAGGAAGGCACUCACCAGCCUCCGCAAGUUACCUGGAACCCCAAAGAAACAUGACCCUAAACACUAAACCUAUUCAAACCAACUACAACCAUAUCGGUGUCCACCAUAACAACAGCCGACUCAACAGUAAUGUUACACCAGUCACAACAAAUGUAAAAGGAGGAGGAACAGAUUUUUUCGAUGACCCCGUCACUUUUGUAAGAGAAUUCUCGUCGGAAACAUUGAUGGUACCAGAGUUCUCGAAGUUCGAAAAGAAUGUGUAUAAGAGCAGAUACCUUAAUACACAAGAGUGUUUUGCACUCCUAAACGCCCAUUAUAAGAAUUUGAUGAAUAACUACGCACCAAGAGUACAAACGUUAGUAACUCAAUCAAUGAUCACGGAAUUUACUAAGCCAAAAGAAACAGGACAAUAUUACACGCAGUACACAAGAUCAGAAGUAACAUUUGAAGCAUUAAACGAAAUGUCACUGUUCACAAAAGACCAUAUGAAAAGCUUAUCGAUACUGGUGGUUCUAGGAAACCACCAUAACCUUAAUUUGGAAGGAUUGAGAACAUACGUGCUGAACGUAAUGCGACUGCUUUAUAGAGCAGUGACGGGCUCUAAGUCUAAUCAAGUUGAAAAAUCAAGGCUUUUUUACACAUUUCUAACAAAGUAUAAUAACAUGGGCAGAGCAGUAGUACUGUACAUGCUACUGCUGUGCACAUUAGAGAAACUACUCUGGUUCUCAGAACCGCAGUUACCAUAUGAUGAUUUCUUCUCAGUAUUCGCCUUUAUCAUUUGCUCAUUUGUAGAGUCGGCAACGAGUAAAAGCACUCACCAAAAGGAUUUGACUAAUAACACACAAUUUGGUAAGGAUAGUGUGCUGACGGAUAAACCAGGGACAAGUAGAAAGAAUGAUUUGAUCCCCGCAAUGGCCAGUAACACCGAUAUGCUCGUGAGGCACUUAAGCGUAGUAUGUUUUCUCUUAAAACUCAAAGUAACGCCACAAAAUAAAUCUGAUCUGCUCGAAUCUGUACGUUUUCUCCGUAAUGCACUAAGGUCAAUUCCAAAUAGAAAUAAAAAUCUACUUCUUUGGACUAGCAUAAUGAUUGUGUAUUUGGACCCUCAAGAAAUCCCAGCAAACACAUUCAAAAUACCGAGAUCACUUUUCAUAGAAGUGGGAGAAAUCAAUGAUAUGACACAACUAGUGCACCUGGUUCUGUGCCUCGAUAACUGUUUCAGAGACCUGAAGUUCUCAAAUUUCGUCGAAUCCAACAUUAACGUUUCCACCUUCGUACAGCUGUUUCUUUUCAAUUUCUGGAAGCAUGUAGACGCACUUAACGAAGAUCUAGCAAAUGAAAUUCUGCUCCUGGCAAAUUCAGUCCUCGAUUCAUACCCGAACCUGGUUUCAGUAUUUGCCAAGUAUAUUUCCCAGUUCACCAACUCUUCGGAAAGCAAUAACACAUAUAACGCUCUAAACCCCCAACACAACCAGUAUAACUAUAAUUAUAGAGAAGAACAGGAAAAAAAUAAGCAAAUGACAACCCAAGAAAUUAAACUCUCACACCGAAUUCAGAAAUCAAUGGAAGCAUUAUUCAACAUUGCAAUGUUUGGAAAGUCUCGACUUCAAAUGAACGCAGCAGUGCUGGCGUCAAAACUGCUAAUGAGCUCUGAUGUCACAACAACACUGCCCAGAAUAAACAAGCUCAAGUACUCAAACUCAAUGCUGGACCUGUUAAACCUGAGUCUGAAUAACCAAUACACAGUAAAUGACACGGACUACGAGUACAAUACCCAAUAUAAUAACCAUACAGAUUAUGAUACAUUCUAUAAAGAUAAUAAGCUAAAGUUGGAGCCGUGGAACCAGGAUAAGUUUGUGCAGGAUCUGACACGACUGACAUUGAUGUCAGCAUUUAUCAACCACUGUUGGAAGGAACUGAUAUCAACCUUGAUGUCAAAAACAGGCCCAAAACUCUUUGAAUACCAAAAGAACCGCCCACACAUAAAUGGAUUUGAAAGAGUAGAUAGUGGAAAGUUGAAUAAAGCAGUUGAAGGGUACGAUAGAAAAGAUGUAUACAAAAACUAUAAUCGAAUGGAAAUUGAUAGAGUGGACGGAGUUGAUAGAGAAAGUAAGAUAGAUGGAGAUGUUCAAAGAGUAUUGAGUUAUGUGAGGAGUUUGUAUUUGGGUUCUAACGCAACAAUUGAUAGUUUAUACUCGAUUCUAUUUUCAGGCCCAUUUCCAGCAAAGGUAUUGUCCUACGAAGCACUUAGAGCACACAAUUCCGCACCAGAUACACUUGUAAUGUGUGGAAUGAUGACAAUGUAUAAGUCGUAUCCAGCAUUUUCUGGGUUAUUUAACCAGUAUUUAUCAAACGCAAACAGCUUUUCAUACUCAAUGACGCUGACUCUGAACGUAAAGCUGCAAAACAGAGACCUGUCCAACUAUAUGAUGAUGAUGCUGAAUACUUUUAUCACUCAGUACCUAAACGGAUGUGACAUGUAUAAGAAAAGUGUAGUUAACGGGAUUUUGAACAAUAACCUGCCGAAAUCGUUGGUGAGUAAAGAGAAGUAUAACCAGAUGAGUAAGUUUGUGAAUGAGUAUAAGUCAGAGAACCAGAGACUCAGACUGGAAAACGAUCAACUUAAAACUGAUAUCAGAGUAAAUAGAAGUGAUUAUGAGCGUACCAUAGCAAGUAUGAAGGAAGAACUAACAAAGAGCUCAGAGCGUUACAAAUCGGAUUUGCAGAAUAUGAAAGAAACUUUAAACAAAACAAGUUUGAACCUAAACCAGGUCCAAGACUCCCUAACAGCAGCUAAUGCUGAAAUCACAAGCCUUAGACACGAAAACGGUAGAAUAUUGAGUGAGAGAGAUUCUUUAAAAUCUGAAAUUAUGAACUUGAAGAGUAAAAUAUCGAGCCAGAUGAAGGAAUUUGAACGUUUGACUAGCCAGAUUCGAGAACUUGAGACCACCUCAGCACAGUUCAAGCAUCUCCAAGUCGAAUAUGAUCGCAUUAAGGAGGAAAACGCAAAGACUAACAGUCAGUUGGAUUCGCUGUACAAGAUGUUGAUUUACCUCACUGAUAAAUAUAAAUCCAACAUGUGCACAUUGGACUCAUUUAACGAUGCUAAUAAGAACCUCAACCAGCAAGUUUCACAUCUCAAAUCUAAAGUAGUAAGAUUAGAAAAGGAAGUUAAGGAUAAGCAAGCUGAAGUCUCUAGUUUGGAUGCUUCAAAGAAUAGAACUGAGGGAGAGUUGAAGAGAAUGCAGGUAGAAAUGAGGAAAAGGGACGAGUCUCUGGAGGCAUCAAACAGGAAAGUCGAGGACCUGAGGGAAAGAGUAAAUAGGCUAACACGCGAGUUACAAGAUCAAGUGAACCAAUACAACGAGCUUAAGAGAGAAAACACUAAUAUGCAAAACGAAUUGAAUGUCAGAAGACAACAACUAGACGCUAUAGAAAAUGCUGUUAAUAAAAGACCGAUAAUAAUCUAA